GUUGCUCGCGCGCAGGUGCUUCCGAAACUUUUGCCAUGUGACCUCCGGUGCGUAACUCCCACCAUUGUUUGAGGACUUCACAAAGGAACAUUUUCACUUUUCCAGCACCAUGUUUCGGGGCACAUACCAGAAACACAUAUGUUGUAUGAAUGGCGACAACAGUCCGGAGCUGAAGGCGAAUUGUUCGUUCACGUUUCCAGCGCUUUCACGGCUCGGUCUGCGCUCCGGUGACGCGUUUGUCUGCCCGCUGUCAUGUUUUAACGGGGGAUUGUUCAGGAAUGUGACGUGUGGACCCUGCUGCAAGUCGAAAAGUGUGGGAGGCAGUUUGUAGAUGCGCGUCUCCUCUCUCCGGGGGCCCUUAAUUUCUCGUUGGAAGGUUUUGACAGAUUUUUACGCACAAGCGCUCCUUCAUCCACGGCCACUUUUUAGCCUAUUCGUCGGUAAUUUGGGAACGGUGGAAUGGCAGAGGAUAUCCUCGACGACUCCUUCCCGGAUUUAAAUGAGCUGGAAAAUAAGAUCGGGAGGAAAACACCGGAAAGUCUUCUGAUCUGGAUGAAGGAGGCGGCUGACCUGGAGGAGGGCUGGAGGUCUGAGGCGUUUGACAGAGGCGACCAGAACGCAGCCCUCUGUGGCGGCCUAUCUGAGAAAAUUCACAGCUUGAAGCAGGAGAUGAGGUGGCUCCGCUCCGCUGAUGUGAGGAUUCUGCGACAGCUGGUGGCCGUGCACGAGGGUAUCGAGGCCAUGCGUUGGCUAAUGGAGGACAGGGGCACCGUUACCAGUCAGGGCAGCAGCUUAACGGGAAGCCUCAGCAGCCUGGUGACUGGGGAGGAGCCCGACCCCCCCGGGUCCCCAAUUAGAGAAAGUCCAAGUCCAGCCAUCCCUCAGGAUUCGACCGAAGCCGUCUGCGAGAAAUGGAGAAUUCAGACACCACCUCAAAUGGAUUCAAAGCACUCUGACAUGCUCCGAUCAGAGUCAAGUGAAGCAAGAGUUUCAAUUACUCCUCCAUCCAAGUCUAUAGUCAGUCAUUCAGCGCGUGGAGGUAGACGCCAGGGGCCGGUAGCUCCUGCCAGCAGUGCGGUUAGCGCUCACGAGCCCCAGUCAGAAAAACAGGACUGGGGCUCCACACGAUUUCCAAACAUCAAAAGCGGCGCCGAAACCAUCAGAAGAGUUCUUCUCAGGUCCAGCAGGCAAAGGAGAGGGCUGAAAUUGGAUUCUGGUAGCUGUGCUCUGAGUGAAGAGUCGGGAAAUAAAAACAAAGCACAGCCGACGCGGGAGAACUCCGCAGCGUCCCAGGACAAUAAAAAACAGGAAGAACAGAAUUCACCUGAAGUCAAGAGCCCGUUACUGGAUUACGAUGCCCAGUGGUGCUGGGUGGGGUCGCAGGAUGAUGUGACGUAUUUAUGACCUUUUGCAAGCACAAUUCAGUCUGCUAAUCUUCACUUUGAAGCCAUUUGCAUCGACACUGAAGAGGUAGUUAUUCACUGAAAUUGAAAAUGCACUUAUGAGAUGGAUGCUUGCUGAUUUUAUACAAAGAAUCUCUCUCCCUGUGUCACUUGGUCAGUGAUCAAGACGUGUUUAACAUUUUUAUUUGGCCAUGUAUUGCAGGAUUUGCUAAAAAAAAACCAUUAGAUUAUUAGUAUGAGCAAUGUGAAUAGGAAAAUGCAUUGAUGAUGAAACUGUAUAAUGCAUAGAACACACUACAAUGGUUUGAGUUUGAUUACAAAUAUCAGAUCUGGGCUUUUCGUGUUGUGUUUUUCUUUUUCUCUAGUCUUUGCCGAGUGUUUUUUUUUUUGUGGUUCUUUUCCUUUUUAAUACAACAAACUUGCCAUGUGAUUAUUUGUGAGCCUUUCUUCACAUAUAAUGUCCAUCCCUUUGAUGGGUAGUGUCAAUUUCAUGUAAGGUAAACAAUAUAUGUAAAGAAAGAUUUUAAAGAUUGUAAUUUCUCUACUAAAUGUGAAAAGAUUUUUUGGAAAUAAACAAAAAAUCACAAAGUGGAAUAGUAUU